CUCGAAUACAACAACACGCAGACGAACUCCCAUGUGAUUCGAAAACGCAUGUGUGAAGGGAAGCGGUGGCUGUGAUAUUGUAACUAGAUUUCAUCAACUAGGAAACCAAUAAGAAUGAAAAUAGAAGUCAAGACAAAGAAGAAGCCAGCUGCACCUUCAGUAAAGACAAUGGGAAUCAAGAAGAAAGCCACAACAUCUCCUGGAGUUGAUAGGAAGAAGGCAGCCAUUACAAAGGUGGUAAAGAAGGCCGCUGCAGAGGAUGUGAAGAAGGCGAUUACAAAAGAGGUGAAAAAGGCAGCCACUACAAAGGAGAUUAAAGACAAGAAGGUGAAGAUAGCCAAGAAGGAAACCAUUGAUGCUUCAGAAGAGAAGAAAGUGCAGGUGGCAGAUACAAUUUCAGCAGUAAAAGCAGAGCCUAAAACAAACCAAAAGGAGAACGAUGGUGAAGCUGCAAAAAAAAAGAGGGUCAGGAAGAGGAGAGCAAAUAAACAGAAGGCCAAGAUUGAGAAUAAAGAUAGUGAGGAGAAGGAAAGCAAUGGAGCUACAGAGGCAAAGAAUAAGAAGGCCCCCCAAAAGAGAAAGCCCAGUGAGGCAGAGGACAAGAGUGGAAAUGAGAACAGUGCAAGCCUUGCAAAGAAGAAUAAGACUGAAGAGGACACCGAGAUGAUAGUAAAGGGGAAGCUGUUUAACAUUUUCUGCAAACGAAGGAAUGAACUUAGGGCACGAUCCCUCUUUGUGAUGAUGAACGAGUUUAAUGUUAGCAUUGCCACAGAUCCCCCUCCGAUUUUCAAAAGUGCACUUCGAUACAAAAUAUGUGGAACGAAAGGUUUGAUCAAUUUGGAAUAUAAGUCACCGCAGGAGGCAAAGGAAAUGAAGGCAGUCUUACAAAAGAACAGUCUGAUAAAGAAUGUAAGAUUAGUAGCAGCGAAAGGGAAGCUUAAGAAGCAGUUCAGCAGCAUAAGUGUGCACCCUAGAAAAUUGAGUAUCGAAAACUUGUCGCCAGGUGUGACACAGGGAGAAUUAAAGAAGUUGUUCCCAACAGCUCUUUCUGCUUUUGUCCACAAGAAAGAAGGCAAGGCGAAAUUGAUCUUCAAGACAAAAAAAGAUGCGGCAAAAGCCUUUGAAGAGGCCGAGGAUAUUGAAAUUAAUGGUGUGAAGUUGAUUGUCCUGUACUGCAAGGCACCAAAAAAGUUGCCGGAAAAGUUGAAAGCAAAGAAAAAAAGAGGGAAGAAGAAGAAGCAGAAUACUAAGGAGAACGACAAAGAUGGAAAGGACAAUGCUGAGAAAGAGAACAAAAAAGAAGUAGAGGAAAGUGCUAAGCAAGCCAACAAAGGAGACUCACCUGAAUUGGCCAAGCAAGCCAAGAAAGGAGAAUUGGCUAAGCAAGCCAACAAUGAAUCGGCCAAGCAAAUUGUAAAAUCAAAUGGUGAUAGUUCCAAGAAAAAGAAAACUCAGGGUAAAAAGAAAUAGAUAUUGGAUAAUUGAUAUUAUGUUUGGGAAAUAAAAGUGAUAUGAAAUGAAAACAUUUACAUC